GUUAAAAAUAGCGCAAGUGCAGAGCGCAGAAACUGCAAUAAUACUGCAUAAAGUACUCACACUGAGCAUGCAUUAGUUUCUAACGGUCGUCAGACGAGAAAGAGUUUCCAUUCGACACUACAUCGCGUGCGCUACAUUUAAUUCAAGUUUUAUAUCGCCAUGGGACACCCCGAACCAAAGGUUUACAUCUCCGAUAAGCUGCCCGAAUCCCUGCGGAAAUCGAUGCAAACUUUCCAGGCAAAGAACGAUUUGCCCAUCUUUCUAAAGGGUGGCCCAUUUGAUAAAGUGCUUUUCUUGACCACUUGUGGACUGUGUGGAAUUGGUGUUUUGGGGAUCGUCCAUUUCAUCUACACAAUGGGCUUCUCUAAAAAGAAGGCAGAUUGAGCGAUUCUUGUGAUAUCUUGUUAGAGAAAAAACAGUGCAAAUAAAACAGCGGCGAUUUCCGCUACAUAAAUGUAAAAA